AUGGAAAUCCUCAUUGGAAUGGGAGCAAAUGGAUUUAUUGUCCUCACCAACGUCAUUGACUGGCUGAGAAGCAGGAAACUCUCUAUGACUGAUCUGAUCCUGAUCAGUCUUGGAUUGGCCAGACUUGUGUGGCUGGCAGUGGUGAUUCUGUGUGUGACUAUGGUUUCCUUUUUUCUGAGCACCUAUGCGUUGGAUCAUGUACAUUUAAUGUUUACCAUCAUGUGGAUAUUUACAAACUGUGUCAACCUUUGGUUUGCUACCUGUCUCGGUGUUUGGUACUUAAUGAAGAUCGCCAUCUUCUCCCACCCCGUUUUCCUCCAGGUGAAGAGGCGUUUCUCUGGACUGGUCCCGUGGCUGCUUCUGGGCUCGGCAGUCUUGUCUGUGUUUAUAACUGCUAUUGUCAUCACACCUUUGAAAACUGGCUCUUCCAUUUACAACCCAUACAAACCACUUUGUAGCAACAGCAAUGAGUCGGAAAUAAGAAAGCCUGCCUUUACUGGGAACGUCGUCAUUCCCGCCAUUGUCCAAAAUUGCAUUCCCUUGGUAUUGUUUUUAUUAUCCAUCAUCUUCUUAAUAAUCUCUCUCUGGAAGCACAUGAGACAUUUGCAAUGCGAUGGAAUCAGAGCCAGCGAUCUCAACACCAAGGUUCAUUUGACUGCCAUCAAAUCUCUGGUUUCCUUUGCUGUUCUUUACUUGUUCAGUUUUGUGGCGGUCUUUUCACAGACAAUGCUGAGCAGGAGAAUAAAAGAUCCUGCUAAGACAUCUGUGUUUUUUCACAACGUGAGUGCUCUAUACCCCUCUGGGCAUUCUAUUAUCCUAAUAUUACUUAAUCCCAAACUGAAACAGGCCUGGGUCAGGGUGAUGCAUUACUUGAAAUGUCAUCUGAGAAAGGCACCCUCUUAA